CCCACGCACAUCAGAGGUGGAUUAUCAACAGUGGGCGGUCCGACAGGAGACAACAAGGCUCACAUCCACAACAAAGAACUAUUCAGAAGCCUCUGGGUUCCAGUGACACCAUGAAGUCACUGCGCUUCCUCGCCGCAGAGAGCUUCAGCCAGAGCGGCGAGAGCACGGUGGAGAGCCUGAACUGUGUGUCCUUUAACCUGUACCCGCUCCUCUUCAAGGCCUGCUACCUCCACGAGCAGGCGCCGCUGCUCCACGCCCUGGUCCGCACGUGGCCCCUACCGGAGAUCAACCUGCAAAGGAUCCUGGGAAGUACGGCCGACUGCCCGGCCGACCUCACCUCCAGCACAUGCCGGCUCUGCCUGGAGGCCGUUCUGACCGGUUUGAAGGAUUACGUGUUGUCCGCCCCGACAACGUACGCCAAGAAGCUGCGCCUGGUGGACCUGACCGCCCUGAGGGACACCGAGCACCAGACGUGUCCCUGCGGGUCCACCCUCGGCCGGUGGGCCCGGACCACCAUGCUGACGCGGAUGUGCUACGAGACCCUGGCGGCCAUGCAGGCCGACGACGUCGCGCCGUGCGCCUUCGAGGCCUCCGUGGACGUCCGCUUCAACGGCUUCGUGACGGGCCGCAACUACGAGAUGGUGGCCCCGGCGCUGCUCCUCCGGCGCCACUGCCCCCUGAAGCUCCGCUUCGCGGGCUUCCGGGGCGACUCCCUGGCCCUCAAGCAGCUGUUCUACGUCCUGCGCCUGGCCGAGCCCGAGGCCAUGUCCAGGCUGGAGGUGGUGCACAACGUCCCCCUGGAGGCGCCCCACCUGGAGGUGCUCUUCUCCCGGGUGGAGUUCCCCAAGCUGCAGUCGCUCACCCUGCCCGCCGGGGCGCUGGACGUCCGCAGGCUGGGGGCGGACGACGCCAACCUGCUGGUGACCAUCGGGGAGCAGCUGGCGCAGUGGUCCAUGCUGACCGAGCUGUACCUGGGCUUCUCCACCUUGACCGGACACCUGCGCAGACUGCUAAGUCCUCUGAACACGCCUCUGCAGGUCCUGGAGGUGGCCAACUGCAGCCUGAGCCGGGUGGAUCUGGUGUACCUGUCCAACAGCCUCCACACAGAGGCGCUGAUCAGACUCGACCUCAGCGGCAACAGCGUCGUCGGUACUUUCCCCGCCAGCCUCCCCAAGAUGCUCGGACGAUGUUCAGAGACGCUGGUCAGCCUGUCCCUCGAAGAAUGUGACAUAGAGGACGAAAACAUGGAUGACUUCAUCAGAAGUCUGGUUUGCUGUCAGGCCCUCCAGGAGAUAAAGCUUCUGGGAAACCCCUUGAGUUCUGGGGCACUACUUCUGCUGUUCUCGGUGCUGUCCGCCAGCUUUCCAGAGCUGAGGUACAUCGAGAUGCCGGUUCCGCGGGACUGCUACUCGCCGGACUUCACAUACCCACUGGAUGACUCCGUUGUGUUGGAGUAUGACCGGGACUUGUUUGAGGAGGUGAGGAACCAGCUGAUGGCCAUCCUGGCCGGGGCUGGGAAGGAAGGCGUUGAGGUGUGUACCCCGCUGAUGGGGGCGUUUGACCCGGACAUUCAUGAAACCUGCAAUGAGCUGGGGGUGUCGAUGCUGAAGUCCUUCAACAGUGUUAUUGAGAACUUUAUCGAUACCAUAAAUGACGUGGACACCAGGCGAUCCCAGGCUCAGCAGGAGUAGCCUAAUGCUACUCAUAGCUAUCAUACACCAUCAUGGCACUUUUUGUUUUAAUGUUAGAAUUGUACCUUUUUUAAAUAGUGAUAGAAAGAGUUGGCCUCAAGUUAUAUUAUCAAUAAAAGUCCUAGAUACAAUUUGGAUAAAUAUCCUCUUAAACUAUACUCUAUCCUAUUUAAUAUGCAAUACGUCUGUAGAUACCUUAGGUCAAAUAUUAUAUUAUUUUUAAAGAAAUGUUUAUAAUUUCAUAAAAACUCUGUACAUUUGUAUAUAUACUCCGGUUUCAAGUGUAUUUUUGUGUUCAUGUAGUUUCGAAUUCACUUACUAUUUCCAUAAGUGAUACAUUUUAAUAUUAUUAUUGGAUUAAUAAUACAUUAACUGUUUUGGUAUAAAACCAUACCUGGUCCUUUUCUAAUUUCAAAAAGCUAAUUUCCUUAAUGAGCAGGCAUAAUUGGGUCUUAUAGGUUACAGUUUAUUUUAAAUAUUAAAACAGGGGUCAACACAAUAGUUCCUUUGGCAGGAACCUCAUUUCUUCAACCACUCCUCCUUUUCUUUCCUCUCUCGGACCACUUCUUGCAGGUAUGGGGUCAGGUAAUGCACAUCCUGGUUAAGGAAGAGAUGGAUAAAUUAGUUUUGCUCAAGGAUUGCCUACACAGGCAGACUGCCAACAUUAGAGGGUCAACCCAUGAUCUCUUGUGCUCAAACAACCUACACUAACUAUCCUCUCUCACAAUGGGGCUUGUAUUCAUCAUGGGAUUUUCAGUUUCCGAUACUCAUUUUGUGAUAACUUGAGGGAUGUAGUAGUGUUACGAUGUACAAGACACAUAUCCUUAUCUAUGGAGAUCAUAGCGAAGCCUAUUACGCUGCAUCAACUGAUUUGAUUUCAAAUUAUUCUUGUUUACAACGUAAAUAAUAAAUACCACAAGCUGGACACCCACCUCCUCAUAUUGUGUCCACUGGUCCUUGGGGAGGACCUGUUGCUUCAUGGAGAGGUCCAGAGCCCUCUUCACCCUGAACACCCGGUCAUUGUACAUCCUCUCUGGGAUCCUCGUCAGAGCCUCCUUAACAUCGUCGUUCUCAUAGAUGGUGUCAUCACGUAGCAACCCUAAGAUGGAAAAAACAAGAGUACUGAAGGUCAGUCAAUUGCAUGGUCAGGUUUUCUCAGUUGCACAAGCGGUGUGUAUUGAUCAGAGUGUUGUUUGUUGAAAUUGCGAUCCAUUAUAACAUUGUGUGAACGGACGUAGGCAAGUCAUACAGAAUGGCUCAGUGAGUAAUGUAUUCUUACCAAUCUUGUUGAAGCCACACAUGUUGUAGUACCAUUUUCGGAAUCCAACCAGGAGCCUACCUGAUGCCACUAAAAAUGAAUAAAAAAUAUAUAUAUCAGAUAUACACAUUAACGUCUUCGAUUGUAACUUUUCUGAAUUAAAAACGAUAAUGGUGGGGUGAAAUAAUGGUUAUCAAACGUUGGCAAUGAUGCAGCAAUGUCACACACUGUAGUUCAGCCAGCUAUCACAUUCUUUAUUCAGUGCAAUAUAAAGCAACUACAUAUUAAGAAAUAUUGUAUAUGUCGAUUGAGCCACAUGGUAUAAAGGCAAACAAUCCAGUCAAGCAAUUGUAUGUGUUGGACAUUUGUGGAGGAAGCUAAAUUCAAAUGAACCUUGCACCUUGAAGCAAUAGCAAUCGAGUUACCCUGCCAUUGUCAUAAAUAAGGAAAGUGCGGUCUGCAAUGCUGGUUACAUAAACUACACAACUGUAUAGUAUGAGCAAAGCAACUAUACAAUUUUCCCUUGCAUACGUUUAUUCCUUGUUGUGACAUACAUAGAGUACGUAUGCACUGUAGCGACAAAUGAACUCUAAAACAUCAAUUAUCGCUAAAUGACUUAGUCUUGAAAUAAAAAGACAGGUAUCAGAUGU